AGCAAGGAAGGGAAGAGCCCCCUGCACAUGGCGGCGAUCCACGGACGGUUCACGCGCUCGCAGAUCCUCAUCCAGAACGGCAGCGAGAUCGACUGCGCUGACAAGUACGGCAACACCCCCCUGCACGUCGCUGCGAGAUACGGCCACGAGCUGCUCAUUAGCACGUUAAUGACCAAUGGUGCUGACACUGCCAGGACCCCCCUGCACUACGCGGCGGCCAACGGCAGCUACCAGUGCACGGUGACGCUGGUGACGGCCGGCGCCGCCGUCAACGAGGCCGACGGCAAAGGCUGCACGGCGCUGCACUACGCCGCCGCCUCCGACACGUACCGCCGGGCCGAGGCUCACUCAGGACCCAGCGAGGAGGAGCCCCUGAAGGAGUCGAGGCUGAAGGAGGCGUUCUUCUGUCUGGAAUUCCUGCUGGACAACGGUGCUGACCCCUCCCUGCGGGACAAGCAGGGCUACACCGCCGUCCACUACGCGGCCGCCUACGGCAACCGGCAGAACCUCGAGCUGCUCCUGGAAAUGUCCUUUAACUGCCUGGAGGAUGUGGAAAGCACCGUUCCAGUCAGCCCUUUGCACUUAGCUGCCUACAAUGGUCACUGUGAAGCCCUGAAGGCUCUGGCUGAGACGCUGGUGAACCUGGACGUGCGGGACCACAAGGGCCGCACCGCGCUCUACCUGGCCACGGAGCGCGGCGCCAGCGAGUGCGUGCAGGUGCUCACCAGCCACGGCGCCUCCGCCCUGGUCAAGGAGAGGAAGAGGAAGUGGACGCCUCUCCACGCUGCAGCUGCCAACGGGAACACGGAUUCCCUGCACCUCCUGAUCGACAGCGGCGAGCGGGCGGACAUCACCGACGUCAUGGACAUCCACGGCCAUUUCCUGGUGGUCUCCAUUGGGGCGGUGACGGGCUGCGAGGACUGCCUGGCUGCCCUGCUGGACCACGAUGGAUCUGCGGUGACGGGCUGCGAGGACUGCCUGGCUGCCCUGCUGGACCACGAUGCCUUUGUCCUGUGCCGGGACUUCAAGGGGCGCACCCCGAUCCACUUCGCCUCGGCCUGCGGGCACCUGGAGGCGCUGCGGGCGCUGCUGCGCGCCGCGCUGGCCACCGACCCGCUGGACGCCGGCGUGGACUACAGCGGCUACUCGCCCAUGCACUGGGCCUCCUACAGUGUGUUUUUUGGGUCCCUCAUGGACUACAGCGGCUACUCGCCCAUGCACUGGGCCUCCUACAGUGAGUUCCUGCUGUUCCAAGCAAAAGCAAAUAUUACUGUGCUGGAUGUCAACAAGAACACAGCUCUUCACCUGGCCUGCAGCAAGGGCCAUGAAAAGUGUGCCUUGUUGAUCCUGGGGGAAACCCAAGACCUUGGCCUUAUCAAUGCAAGUAACAGUGCUCUGCAGAUGCCGCUGCACAUCGCGGCGAGGAACGGCCUGGCCUCGGUGGUGCAGGCCCUGCUCAGCCGCGGGGCCACCGUGCUGGCUGUGGAUGAAGAAGGUGCGUGUGCCCCGGGGCCCUGGGGGACUGCAGAGUCCUGGGGAGCGCCCAGAGCCCGGGAGGGGCUCAGCCACAGCCACCCGGAUCCGGCCUGCGGGGCGCUGCCGGUGCCGGCCCGCGGGGCGCUGCCGGUGCCGGCCUGCGGGGCGCUGCCGAACGGCUCCUCCUGCCCCUACUCCAAGGAACGCCACAGCGCCAUCGGCCUGGACGGCUGCUACUCGGAGUGACCUCCCUCCCCCCGGCCACGGGUGACCUGAUAUCUUAUUCUAUUUAUUUAGAAAUUCUAUAAAUAUAGGGCACUUUAAAGGAGAACAAGACCGGGCGGGCCCAGCCUGGGGGGGUGGGGGUGAGGCCAAGAGUUCGGGGCUUUGUGUGGUCCCGAUGGGGCCAGGGCUGUGCCAGUGCCGGUCCCUGCGCCCUCCCUGGCUGGGCAGGGCUGGAAGGGGCAGGGCUGGGGCUGGCACAUCCCUGGCACGGAAAGGAGAGGAUUGGGGCUGGCAAAACGUGCCCCUGUGCCCUGCCAAUCCUCCCUGGCUGGGCAGGGCUGGAAGGGGCAGGACUGGGGCUGGCACAUCCCUGGCACGGAAAGGAGAGGAUUUGGGCUGGCAGGAUUUGGGCUGGCACGUUCCUGGUACCCUCCCAACCCUCCCUGGCUGGUAGGAUUUGAGCUGGCACAUCCCUGGCAUGGAAAGGAGAGGAUUGGGGCUGGCACAUCCAUUGUGCCCUCCCAACCUUCCCUGGCUAGCAGAAUUUGGGCUGGCACGUUCCUGGGAUGGAAAGGAGAGGAUUGGGGCUGGCACAUCCCUGGCAUGGAAAGGGCAGGAUUUGGGCUGGCAGGAUUUGGGCUGGCACAUCCCUGGCA